AAAAUUUAUUCCUGCUUGCGACUUAACUAACGAAAAAGAAUAACGUGUUCACGAUCUGUUAACCAAGAGUCGGACUUAGAUUUUGUGAGAAUAUACAUCUACUAUCCCGUUGACUGCGGAUUCGUUAUCGAACCUAGGAUCAUUGUCAUUAGCGUCUCGAGUAUCUAAUUAUCCCGGUUACUUGUCGAUAUCUGUAACAAUCAUGUUUGCUCUAGUCAAUAUCUUCUCUAUUGCAUAACGACAAUGUCUAAUCACAUCGAAGACUCGUUUCACGCCCUUAACCCCAACCCUAAUCGUAACGCCAACCCGACAUAUACAUAUAUAUAUAUAUAUAGUUCGAUCAGCUGAUUGCAAUCUUCUGAUUGGUCACAUUUAAAUAUCAACACUUUAUAAACACCGUACAAUGAGGCACCACUGUUAAAACCGGUUUUCUGUAAAUUAAUUUUUAUAAUUAUUGUUCGCAUAAUUUUUUAUAAUUAUUCAAAUAGUUAUAAAGAAGAUGGAGAUAGAAGAAUCAACUAAAGAAGAUACUGUCGAGGUUAUUAGGGAAAGUGUGAGAGAAUUGAUUCACACGGAAAGGGAGAAAAAUCGUACGGAAACGUGGAACAAAAAUCGUGUGGCUUUAGGAAACCUUAUGACGAAUUCGUCAUUUACAACAGAGUUCGUCGUUGAAAAGGCAAAAGCUCUUAAAAAGAGAACAUUAUCUAUCGAAGAGUAUGGUCAACUCCAAAACGCUCUCAUUCAGAGCGAGGACAAUGUUAAAUCUUUUUUAAAAGUGAACAAUAUCUUAUUUGCCUUGGUACGUGAUAUAUCUAGUAAUAAUAGUGCAUUGCAGUUAUGUGCUGCUAGCUGUUCUUGUAAUAUAGCACUUGGAAAUACUAAGGCAUGUACUGCAUUAACCAAAAGCAUUGGACCAUAUCUUGUUACAGAAUUAAAUACUUUAAACUAUCCUCUAUUGGAAGUUUGUAUAUGGACGAUGGGAAAUCUGAUUUCGGGAAGCAAUAAAGCAUUUGAAAUUUUCCAUGCCCAAGAUUGCUUAAAAUAUAUUAUAUCCCUGAUGCAUAACUGUGAUAAUAUGAUUGUGCCUUCAGUAGCCUAUACAGCCAUGCAUUAUGUGCAUAUUGGUUUUAAAUACAUCCAAGAUAAUGAUAUGAUUGAACUUGCUAAUGCUACUAUAAGAAGAACUCUUUCAUUUGAAGAUCCAUACUUUAUUUGGUUGCUAGCAUUAUUAUCUUCACAACAAUCUUGUAACUCCUCCUUAUAUAAUGUAGUACCUUUGAUAGUGGAUUAUCUGUAUCAAAAUAAUACAAACAACUUCCCAUUCACUACAGCAUGUAUAAGAAUAUUGGCCAAUACUGUGCAAGAGACAUCCGGACAAUUGGCAAAAUUUCUAUUAGAAAAUCCAAAAUAUUCCCAAUCAGAUUUAGAGAUAUUGAUCAAUAGAUUGCUUUCAUGCCAAUAUACACAUAUCAGAAAAGAAACAUUAUGGUUAAUAGGUAAUCUUUAUAAUCACAAUUCUUUUGACAUUAAGAGAAUGAUACAAAACAUCGUUCCUCGAUUAUCAUUCUUGAAACAAGCAAUUUUAUCUACAACUCAGCAGUAUCAAUAGG